AGCCGUGCCGCUGUUAAGAGUGGUUAAACGGCCUGCGCGUUCACCCCUUCGCCCAUCCGCCUCGGCGGCCGGCGGUCCGUCCGCCGACAUGUCGCUGGCCAUGGAGGAGGAGGAGUACGCCCGGCUGGUGAUGGAGUCGGAGCCCGAGUGGCUGCGGAGCGAGAUCAAGCGUCUCUUCCAGGAGCUGGGCGAGACCACCCGAGAGAAGAUCCAGGCGGCGGAGUACGGGCUGGCAGUGCUGGAAGAGAAGCAGCAGUUGAAGCAGCAGUAUGAGGAGCUGGAGCUGGAGUACGAGACCAUCCGCACCGAGAUGGAGCAAUUGAAGGAGGCUUUUGGACAGGCCCAUACCAACCACAAGAAAGUAGCAGCAGAUGGAGAGAGCAGAGAGGAAACCUUGAUUCAAGAAUCAGCUACCAAAGAAGAAUACUACAUGAAGAAGGUUAUGGAGUUGCAGACAGAAUUGAAACAGAUAAGAAAUGUCCUUGCCAACACACAGUCUGAAAAUGAACGCCUUAAUUCUGUUGCGCAGGAACUGAAGGAGGUCAACCAAAAUGUGGAGAUCCAAAGGGCGCGUCUGCGAGAUGAUAUUAAGGAAUAUAAAUUCCGAGAAGCACGUUUGCUGCAAGACUAUACUGAACUUGAAGAGGAAAACAUCUGUCUCCAGAAACAAGUGUCUGUCCUGAAGCAAAGUCAGGUGGAGUUUGAAGGCUUGAAACAUGAAAUCAAAAGGCUGGAAGAGGAAACCGAGUUUCUCAAUAGCCAGCUGGAAGAUGCCAUCCGGCUGAAGGAGAUCUCUGAGCGCCAACUUGAGGAGGCCUUGGAAACACUGAAGACAGAGCGGGAGCAGAAGAACAACCUUCGGAAGGAGCUGUCUCACUACAUGAACAUCAAUGAUUCCAUGUACAACAGCCACUUAAACAUCUCUUUGGAUGGGCUGAAGUUCAGCGAUGAAGCCACAGAGCCCAAUAAUGAUGAAAUCAUGAAUGGGUUUGAACAAAACUGCCUCAGCAAACUCAGCAAUGGCAAAAACAGUACUUCAACACCCAAGAAAAAUGAAAGCUUCCCUCCAGCCCCAAGUCUGGUUUCAGAUCUCCUGAGUGAAUUAAACAUUUCUGAAAUCCAGAAGCUGAAACAGCAGCUUGUACAGAUGGAAAGAGAGAAGGUUAACUUGUUAACAACGCUGCAGGAAUCUCAGAAGCAGCUGGAAAAUACACGGGGGGCCCUCUCAGAGCAGCAUGAGAAAAUUGGCAGGCUUACUGAAAAUCUGAAUGCCAUGAAGAAGCUCCAGGCCAGUAAGGAGCGUCAGUCUGCCCUUGAUAACGAGAAGGACCGAGACAGCCAUGAAGAUGGAGACUAUUAUGAAGUUGACAUCAAUGGGCCAGAGAUCCUGGAAUGCAAGUACAAAGUGGCUGUGGCAGAAAUUACUGACCUGAAGGAAGAGCUCAAAAAUUUAAAGGCAAAAUACAAAGAAUGUGAGUCUAAGUAUGAGGAAGAGAAGAGUAGAUAUGAGACUGAGAGCCAAACUCUCACUGAAAAGAUCACCUCACUGGAAAAGUCCAGUAGGCAUGAUAGAGAACAGAUGGCCAGGCUGGAGAAGGAGCUGAAGAAGGUCAGUGAUGUCGCUGGAGAAACACAGGGCAGCCUCAGCGUGGCUCAAGAUGAACUAGUCACCUUCAGUGAAGAGCUGGCCAAUUUGUACCACCAUGUCUGCAUGUGCAACAAUGAAACUCCAAACAGAGUGAUGCUGGACUACUACAAGGAAGGUAAAGGUGAACGCAGUAGUCCAGACAUCAAGGGAAGAAGGUCUCCCAUUCUUCUUUCUAAAGGGCUGUUAACUAUUGAGCUGGGAAAGGCAGAGAAUGGAAGUGGUGACAGCAGCCCAUCCCCGGUGUCAUCUCUGCCAUCCCCUGUGUCAGAUCCUCGGAAGGAACCGAUGAACAUUUACAACUUGAUUGCUAUCAUUCGGGAUCAGAUCAAGCACCUGCAGGCUGCUGUGGACAGAACAACUGAGCUGUCCAGGCAGCGCGUUGCUACUCAAGAGCUUGGCCCAGUGGUGGACAAAGACAAGGAAGCUCUUAUGGAAGAAAUCCUGAAGCUGAAAUCCUUGCUGAGCACCAAGAGGGAACAGAUAGCAACUCUGAGAACUGUGCUGAAAGCCAACAAACAGACUGCAGAAGUAGCCCUUGCCAACUUAAAAAGCAAGUAUGAGAAUGAGAAGGCAAUGGUUACAGAGACCAUGAUGAAGCUGCGAAAUGAGCUGAAGGCUUUGAAGGAGGAUGCUGCCACCUUCUCUUCCCUGAGAGCUAUGUUUGCUACAAGAUGUGAUGAGUAUGUCACACAGCUGGAUGAAAUGCAGCGGCAACUUGCAGCAGCCGAGGAUGAGAAGAAGACUCUGAACUCCUUGCUUCGGAUGGCUAUCCAACAGAAACUGGCCUUGACCCAGCGCCUGGAACAUUUGGAACUGGACCACGAGCAGUCCAAAAGGGUGCGCACAAAGUCUGCCUCCAAAGCCAAGGGCAGUAACCCCAGUGUAAGUCCCAUUCGGUCCUGUGGGGACAGGUCUGAAGGAUCUGUCCUGAACAACCAGGUGUUUUGUAGUGAGAAAUAUAAAAUCUGUUGUGACUAGGACACAUGUCUAGAAAAACCAUAUUCUGCAUCUUAUUUUAUGCUGUAACUGUCAGCGUAAAUCCCCGAUAUCUAAUGUCACAAUGAGUUGACUCCUACUAGUAUGUUGUUGAACCAGGUAAUACAAAUGUAUUACAGUGGUCCUAACUGUAACUAAUGCAUAAGUAUGGGGAUGCUAUUAACAAGUUAAUAGUGGAAACCUGUUAGCUUUUUCCACAAUUAACAUAUCUGGGGUUUGCUGUUUAUGGUAAGUGUUAAGAGUACGCCUGAUAGAGUAUGUAUCUGGUGUUACUUACUGUAGUUUGUAUAGCACAAAUGUGAUCCCUUCUCCAGGGUUGCAGCAUACUUCAAUAAAUGCUUUCAUAGGCAGAAACAAACAGAAAACCUUCUUUGUUACUGUGGCUUAAGUUGUGAAAAACAAAGGUUAAAAUUAGAGCUAUCUCCAGAAUUCAGAGCAUUUGGAAACUGGAGUCAAACUUAAUUUGCCUGUGGUAGUGGAUGUUAAAUACUUGCUGUUGUAUCACCACUAACCAAAGUCCUAAAGCUUUUAUAGGCUAUAAAAGCUAAAACAAAACCAGGUGCAUUAGGGACACUCUGCAUCCCUCUCUUCAGAGGGAUAAUCAGAAGAAACUUGCACAUUUAUAUUAAAAAUAUGCAAUAUUAACUCCAUCUGAUACAAAAGUUAAAAUAUUAAAAAUUGGGAUUCUACCUGGUAGAUAGUUCCACUUUAAGAAGUUAUGUCCUGAAAGGUUCUGUGUGGUCUUAUGUUGCUCCUUGCAAGCAUAACACUUUGGAAAGAACCCAUCUGAGAUACCCUUUACAGGAAAGUAGCCGCACAACAUGUAUGUGUAGAAUUAAUGUGACUAUGGUCUAGCAUUGUUGGUCACAAACAGUUUUUCUCAGCUCUCAGUAUUAACGUAAAUAGGUAGCAUUUCAGAGCUCUGAUCGUUUUUUUAAGUACACGGAAGAUACUGCAUUCCAUAUGCAAGCCAUGUGUUUCACAGGGCUCUACAUUAGAGGCACAGGAAAUUGAUCCAGAUCAUCCUGCUAAUAGUAAUUUAUGAAGUAGCUUAGUGCACAUAUUAAUGUUUAAAAAUUAACAAACCUUUGUCUGAUAUUGAACUUUUAAGGGGCCUUUCUACCCACUUAAUUACAAUAUGUUUGACAGUAUAGAAGUUUACUUUCUAAUUGGUGCCUACAUAACAGAAAAAGAUUUAAAAUCUUUGCUUCUAAAAUUGUGGAAAAUUUGUGGAGCACAGAAAGGCACAGUUCUUUGUUUAACCUGGAGUUUGAAGUGCCUAGCCUCAGACUUUAUUUUAAUGUAAAGCCCUGUUCAUUUUGUACUCUUUCAAAUACUUUUAUAUGCCUGUAGUGUUACUAAAAGAAAUGUGAGCCUGUGCUGGUGAGUGCUUGAUAGCAUGGUUCCCAAAGCCAUUCUAACCCUGUGCUGUGCUUGUGCUCCCCUGCCUGUCCCUGUCCUUGCUCCCAGCUUGCUCCGUGUGCUGCCCAUGCACACGCAGGAGAUAUCCAGUGCUAACAGAAGCUAAUAAGAGCAUGGCUGGUUUUCCCACUGAGGAGAAACCACGGGAAAUUUUGGCUUCCCAGAUAUUUUUAGGCAUGUUGGGGGAAAGUCUAAAUUACUACAGUGAGAUUUUAAACAAAUGGAACUUUGCUUCAAAGCUGGGAACCAUGGAAAUACUGCAGCCCAGAACCAGAAUUUCAUCUAAUGAUCUUGAGAAGAAUCAAAAAACCUCAAGUGAUUAAAUUCUAAUACAUUUCUAGAACAUGACUGCUUGGGGCUUAAAUAAAUUUCAGUUCUGGUUUUGGAAACUAGGCCCUGUGUGUCUGUUACUACUUGUAGAAAAUACUGAAUUCUCCUGAAUUUGAGCUUUAAUAUUGCUAAAUAGCAGGCUUGAUAUUUUAGAAGAGAUACCUUUUAUAAUUUUCAGUCCUGCUUUUCUCUUUGCUGCACAAUCUUCCAAAAGGCCUUUAUUCUUCUCACUCCUACAUUAAGUACAAUUUAAUACAUUGUGAAAGCAGGCUUUUGAAUGCUAACUUUCUCUGCUCUAAUAGACUCAGUUACAAUUCUGCUUCCACCAUAGUAGCGAGCUUUAACACAGUUUUCACUGCUUCCAUGUCUCUAGUGACAGUACUUUUACAAAAUACUGAUGUCAAAAAGGUAAACUGGAGAAACGAAUUGAAUGCAUUGUUAGGUUUUUCUUUGAAUUAGUUGGAAUUUUCUGUAACAAUUCUGGUGUUACCAGACAAUGACUAUUGCUUUCAGGCUUGGCUCCUUCUGUCAGUUCCAAGUGUGAGCAGUUUUGCUAUUAGCCCAAUAGCCUUAGUGAUCAUUUCCAUCUUCAGUCAUUUCUGCAAAUAUUUAAAAAACCUUAACAGCCAGCCUGCUGUUUGACUCUAUCACUGUAAUGGUUUAUCCUGUCAGAAAAAGAACUGAGGAAUGGUGUAAAGUGACUUGAUCCUGCUGUUUGUAUUUUUAGGUAAUAUUUAAGACUGAGUCUUUUAAUUCUUGAUUAACAAUUUCUUGAGAUGUUAAUUUACUAUAAGUCUUUCAUAUUAGUCCCAAUGGGUUGGGGUAAAGCAUGGAGAAUUCCUUAAGCCAUCACCUACCUCUGCAAGCAGGCUCUUCUGAAUGAUUCUCUGCAUAGGCCUGCAUGAUAUUCUGACCUGCAUGUUUCUAGAGAACCUAAAGCUUCACUGAAAACAUUUCUUGCACACUCACUGCUUUUAACUUAUGCUUGAAUAGCAAAGCUGUAUUCAGUACUUGUAAGAAUCCUUCUUUCUGCAAAGCUGUUGCUUCCAGGCUGAGCCCACAAAGCCUUGUUCACCCACUGGAAAGGCAUCUGCGAGCUGGAGUGGCUGCUGUUCCCCCAGCCAGAUAACAGACCCUCAGCCAACUAACCUGCCUGUGCAGCACAUGGAUGGGGUUAAGUUUUCAGUUGAUUGAGAAAUAAACACUCAUAUUUUUUUUCCUAAUGCUAUUUUAUUUUUCCAUU